AUGUCGCCUUCUACUAGAUCAUCAAGUUCUGCAAGAGCCAUAGCUCUAAGGAUUAAGGCUGUGGCAAUGAAACGAUCGAGGACAAAACCAGCAACACCAAUUCUAGCAAUUGAAGGGGCUGAGACAUCAACCAAAAAGGCUGCCAAUCCCAUAUCUAAAACUACCAAAAAAGCAGCCUCUCCCAAGAAGGGUCGAACUACCAAAAAGGCUGCCUCUCCCAAGAAGUCUAAUACUACAUCAACAGCUGCCUCUCCCAAGAAGGGUCGAACUACCAAAAAGGCUGCCUCUCCCAAGAAGGGUCGAACUACCAAAAAGGCUGCCUCCCCCAAGAAGUCUCAGACUAGCAUGACUAUAACUGCUAAGUCCAACGGGGUUGUGUCAUCAACCAAGUCAACGAACAAGUCUGUUUCCAGUAAGACCAAGAAGUCUGAGGAGGAUGAUGAUGAAAACAGAACUGGUGGAUUGAAGUUGCUGAAGCGAGGAAUGGUUACGAUGAGCCGCAUUACAAACAGGCUUAUCCGAGGAAAGAGGCUCACUGUGAAGUUUAAUGAAAAAGGAGAACCUGUUGGUAAGGCUGCAAAAGAAAUGCAGUCUUACAUUGGGGUGUUGGCACGUACGAAGAUCCCUAUCUCAAUAAAUGAUUGGAGAGAAGUGGAUCUAGAUGAAAAGGAAAAGAUAUGGGAAUCUAUAAAGGAUGCAUUUGUGGUGCCUAAAGAGCUUAAAAAAAUGGUGAUUUCAUCUGCUGCAACUAAAUGGAGAGAGUUCAAGAGCAAGUUAACAAACAUGUACAUCAUCCCUUAUAUGGAUGAACCAGAACUGUUAGAAAAUCCUCCAGAUGAUUACCGAAGCAUAACGAAGGAUACUUGGCACCAGUUUGUUGCUGAUAGGCUUUCAGCUACCUUCCAGGAAAUACGUGAAGCCCAAAUUGCAAAGCCAAAGGAGAAUAAAUAUCCUCAUCGUAUGUCACGCAAAGGUUAUGCAAAUUUAAUGGAAGAACUGUCUGAAAGUGUCCCUUUACAAGAACUUGAUAGAGCUACAAUGUGGAUUAAGGCUCGGCAAGAUAGGAAUGGCAACUUCAAACAACCUGAGGCAGAGAAGAAAGCCGAAAAAAUUGAACAUUUAAGGAAAAGGGAGGCUGAAGGGGAAAUUGCCACAUCUGGGUCUGAUGAUGUGCUCACUCUUGCAUUGGGGAAUCCGGAGCAUAGAGGUAGGGUUAGAGGUGUUGGUGGCAAUGUCAAGCCCGAUUUAUAUUUCAACUUGCCAAAACGGCAAAAGAUGACUUUUGAACAGAGGACUAGGUUAUCGCUGAAGAAGAUACUAGAGGAGGAGAAGGAAGUUUUGUUAGCUAAGGAAAGAACUGCAUGGGAAGAGGAGAGGGAUAGAAAACUUGCUGAGGAGAGAGCUUAUUGGACUGAGAGGAUUGCGAAGCUAGAAGCGAAGGUCGAUGGGAAGGAGCUGCCUGUUGAGUCCCCCAAACCUGUCAUAGCACUGAGGUGA